AUAAUUAUGAUUAUAAUAGCAAUACCUCAAAUUCUGAAACUGAAUUAUCUGAUGAUAUGAAAACACAUAGAUGUAUUCCAAAAGAUAAGCCAACAAAAAAAAUAUAUGAGUCUAAAGACCUUGGGCCAAAUGAACAGAUCGUAAGUAGACUUAUUGGAAAUUUGAAUGAUAAAGGUACACAUAAUCCUGAAGAAAUAUUACAUCGCAUCAAUUCAGGAACCACAAAAAUAUCUGACAUUAUUAGUCUCAACUUUCACGUCCAUGGUGAUACAAAUGAUGAAGAAAUUUUUGUAAUCGAAAUUCCUAAAGAAAAAAAGGUCGAUAUGCUUAAACCCUUGGUAAAGAAACGAUUAGCACCCCUAACAAAUAAUGUUCCUUCUACAAAAAUCAAUCUUCAAACGGCAGGUGGAAUGAGAAUGAAAGCAAUGACAAAAAUUUCUAAAUAUUAUGACAGAGAUAUUAAUGAAGAUGAAAUUCACGUUUUAGUAUUCCUCCCUGAAUAA